AUGGGACUGAGAUACAAGCAGAUGGAUCAGAAAGUUACACUUGAAGGUUUUGCAGAUGCAGACUAUGCAGCAAGUAAGGAUACAAGGAGUUCAACUACUUCAUAUGUAUUCACAACAAAUGGAGAUUGCAUAUGUUGGAAGUCCCAACUACAGUCAGUGGUGUCACUAUCAACAACUGAAGCUGAGUUCAUGGCCACCACCGAAGCAUUCAAAGAGGCAAUAUGGUUACAAGGAAUGCUACAAGAGCUGAAGAUGAUGAAAGGUAAAGCUAAUAUAUACUCAGAUAGUCAAUCUUCAAUUCACCUCUGUAAAAAUUCAGUAUACCACGAAAAGAGCAAACACAUAGACAUUCGCUUGUUUUGGAUAAGAGAAAAGAUAGAGGAAGAUGUGAUAUCUUUGGACAAGAUUGGUACUGAGGAUAAUCCAGCUGAUAUAAGAACUAAGGUUCUACCUGUGAACAAGUUUAAGCAUUGCUUAAACUUGCUCAACCUUGAAAUCGAGGCAAGAACUAAAUUGUAUACAACAGUAGCCCAUGAAAACCCUACUGCUAUUUCACCAUCAUCACCUUCCCAAGAUGAUAUCUGCAAAUCAAUGGUGGAGUCACAAGGCUACUCUUGCGAACAACAUCAAGUAAUCACAGAGGAUGGUUACAUUCUUGGAUUGCAAAGGAUACCAGUUGGGCGAUCUGGCAAGAAAGCCGACAAACCACCUGUUUUGUUGCAACAUGGAAUUUUCAGCGAUGGUGUGACAUGGGUAUUGAAUUCCCCAGAGGAGUCAUUGGCGUUCGUGUUGGCUGAGAAUGGAUAUGAUGUGUGGUUGGGUAAUACAAGAGGCACAGUUUCUAGCCGUGGACAUCAAUCACUUACUCCUAAUGAUCCGGAUUACUGGAACUGGUCAUGGGAUCAAUUGGCUGCUUAUGACCUUCCUGCUUUUUUCCAAUACGUGCACGAUCACACAGGCCAGAACAUACACUACGUUGGACAUUCUUUGGGAACUUUGAUGGCUUUUGCUGCCUUUUCUCAAGACUACAAGGUGUCCAACAUGCUGAGAUCAGCCGCUCUACUUAGUCCAAUUGCUUAUCUUAAUCAAAUCCCUUCAAUCCUCACCAAAGCUGCUGCUGAUCUCUUUUUAGGCGAACAACUUUAUUGGUUGGGUCUCCAUGAGUUUAUCCCAAAAGGCCAAGAAAUUUCCAAACUUGUGGAGAACAUCUGUAAUAAACCAGGCAUUAACUGCUCAGAUCUAUUGACAGCUUUCACAGGCUCAAAUUGUUGUAUCAAUACCUCCACGAUAAACGUUUUUCUUGAACAUGAACCUCAGCCAACUGCCACUAGAAACUUGAUCCAUCUUGCUCAAAUGAUUAGAAAAGGGACAAUAGCAAUGUAUGACUAUGGUAAUGUGGUAGAAAACAUGAAGAAAUAUGGAAAGCCAUCUCCUCCAUCAUACAACAUGAGUAGCAUUCCAAAUGAUAUUCCUCUUCUCUUGAGCUAUGGAGGAAAAGAUCAACUCUCUGAUGUAAAUGAUGUGAACGUUUUACUAGAGAAGCUUAAGGAUCAUGAUCAAGACAAGUUGGUGGUGCAAUUGGUAGAAGAUUAUGCUCAUUUAGAUUUUGUUAUGGGUGUCAAUGCUAACAAAGUUGUCUAUGACCCUUUAAUGGACUUCUUUGGCCUCCAUUAAUAAUAAGCUAUACCUUGAUUAUUGGCUCUUCAU